AUAAUUUCAAACGAUCUGAGUUAGUUAUUUUUGUCAUCAUUUUUUUCAGCGAUUAGUGACACUAUAUAAGUAGCAGAAAUUCAAAAGAACAGCUAUAAUAAAUAUGAAGCAUUUGUUAUUAUUUCACAUAACCGCGUUGCUUCUGCUUCUACAUACCUCAGUACAACUUAAUGGUGCGAAACAAAAGUCAUCCAAUUCGUACGAUAUUAUUUGCACUUUACAAAGUUUAACAGAUAAUUUGAAGAUAGAUGAAUUGGGUCUUUCCAUAUCUGACUAUGAAAUAGAGAAACAAAUAAAUGUGAACUGCUUGAAAUUAAUAAUGAAAGAGCAGUCAGUGUACGAUUUUAAAGAAGAGUUUGAGAGCAUAAUAAACGGCAUAAAUUCACUUGGUAUGUAUUUGAAUUACUUGAAUAAUUUUUAUUAUUGAAGACAAUUAUUUGAUCCAAUUUUGUUAUAUAUUUCAGUUUAUUUAUUUCAUAUUCAAACUAUGUAUAAACUUAUUAAUGGUGAAUGGAAUCUACUUUCAGUCUGAUAUAUCAUGAUGGUGAAGUCAGUUUU